AUGAAACUGCUGCUGCUUUUGUUGCUGAUGGAGCAAGUUGCAGCUCAGCAGAGAGGUCUGUUUCCUGCCAUAUUGAAUCUGGCCAGUAAUGCAGUAAUCAGCAGUAAUGCAACAUGUGGAGACCCACAACCUGAAGUCUACUGCAAACUGGUGGAACAUGUUCCAGGAAGGAGGAUCAGGAACUCACACUGUCUCAAAUGUGAUGCCAACUCCGUUCUGUCCAGAGAACGUCACCCAAUCACAAACGCUAUUGAUGGAACUAAUCAGUGGUGGCAGAGUCCGAGUAUCAAGAAUGGACAACAGUUUCACUGGAUUACCAUCACACUAGAUUUGAAACAGAUUUUUCAGAUUGCAUACAUCAUUAUUAAGGCAGCUAAUUCUCCUCGACCAGGUAAUUGGAUCCUGGAGCGCUCUCUGGAUGGUGUGUCCUUUGACCCUUGGCAGUUUUAUGCCAUCAGUGACUCUGAGUGUUUAUCACGUUACAACAUCACACCACGACUCGGACCCCCAACCUAUAAGAGUGAUACAGAGGUUAUCUGUACAUCAUAUUAUUCCAAAUUAAACCCACUGGAGCAUGGAGAGAUCCAUACCUCUCUAAUUAAUGGCCGACCUGGAGCCGAUGAUUUAACGUCAGAGCUCCUGAACUUUACAUCAGCGCGUUACAUCAGACUGAGUCUUCAGCGAAUCAGAACACUGAAUGCUGACCUGAUGACACUGAGUGCUCAUGAUCCCCGAGACAUUGACCCCAUUGUCACUCGGAGGUAUUAUUACUCCAUCAAAGACAUCUCUGUGGGUGGGAUGUGCAUCUGCUAUGGACAUGCUCAGAGCUGCCCACUUGACCCUGUUAGCAAGAAGCUUCAUUGUGUAUGUGAACACAAUACUUGUGGGGAAAGCUGUAACAAAUGUUGCCCAGGUUACCAUCAGCAACCAUGGCAACCAGGAACCAUCUCUGAGGGAAACACAUGUGAAAAAUGUAACUGUCACAAUAAGUCACGUGACUGUUACUACAAUCAAACCGUCUCUGAUCUCUCCUUGAGUUUAAACACUCAUGGUGUUUAUCAGGGAGGAGGGGUUUGUAUUGACUGUCAGCAAAACACAGCAGGCAUCAACUGUGAGACCUGCAUGGAUGGAUACUACAGACCUGCUGAGGUUUCUCCAUAUUCAGAAUUUCCAUGUGUUGAAUGCAAGUGUGAUCCGAGAGGCUCAAAGUCUUCAGUGUGCGCCAGAGACAACACACAGCCAGGUGUGCUUGCAGGUCAGUGUAUAUGUAAGGAGGGGUUUGCAGGUCAACAGUGUGAUCGUUGUGCGUUUGGAUACAGAGAUUUUCCUCAGUGUUUUCGCUGCGAGUGUAACCUGUCAGGCAGCACCAACACCGACCCCUGCAGCGCCUGUAGCUGCAAGGAGAAUGUGAUGGGAGCUCCCUGUGAUCUGUGCAAGCCAGGUGUUUAUAACCUUCAGGAGAGUAAUCCUCUUGGAUGCACCAGCUGCUUCUGCUUUGGUGUGUCUGAUGUCUGUGAGAGCUCUGCCUUGUCCACAGUGCAGGUUACAGCAGAAGGCUGGCUCGUCCCUCCUCGCUCCAUCCCCAGCCCCACUGUAAUCAACAGCAAUGAGCUUCCCAUUCACAGCAACACCUCCUCUGGCACCACCCAACAACAACUGCUGUGGUGGACAGCACCCCAAAGUUUCCUUGGCAACAAGCUGGUGUCUUAUGGAGGUUUCCUGAACUACUCUGUGGUUUAUGACGCUCCAUUGGGCAUUGAAAACCCCACUGUCUCUGCCCACUGUGACAUCAUUAUCAAGGGUAAUGGUUUGGUUCUUCAUCUCGCACCUCCUCUCCUCCUCUCCCUCUCACCUCUGGCUGAGCGAUUGGUCACUGUGCCAGUGGUCUGGCAGCAGUUUGUGUAUGACCAAACGGGUGACCAUGUUACCCGCGAUGACCUGCUAUUGGUUCUUGCUGAUGUGACGUCACUGAUUGUCAGAGUUUACCUGAACACCCCUGCCCAUGGACCAAUACGUCUCAGCUCAGUUUCUUUGGACGUUGGUGACCCCAUCUCACAUUCUGGGGUUCGGGCGGUUGCUGUGGAGACGUGUGAAUGUCCUUGGGGUUACAGUGGCACUUCCUGUGAGUCGUGUCUACCAGGUUUCUACAGAGUGGGUGGAAUCUUGUUUGGAGGAAACUGUAUGCAGUGUGAAUGUAAUGAUCAUGCCACUGAGUGUGACAUCAAUGGAGUUUGUGCGGAUUGUGCCCAUAACACCACUGGUCCUCAGUGUGAUCAGUGUCUUCCGGGUUUCUACGGCGAUGCCACAGAGGGAACAACAGAUGACUGUCAGUUGUGUCCGUGUCCUCUGACUGCACUGUCCAACAGGUUCAGCCCCACUUGUGUGAUGGAGGCAUCUGGACAGGUGUUCUGUGACCGGUGCCAGGAUGGGUAUACUGGAACCAACUGUGAGAGGUGUGCUAGUGGCUUCUAUGGUAACCCACAGAUAGUGGGUGGCACCUGUGUUCGCUGUGAGUGUAAUGGGAAUGUAGACAUCAGUGAGGCAGGACACUGCGAUACCGUCACUGGGGAAUGCUUGCGUUGCCUUGGCAACACAGCAGGGCCGCACUGCGAGUUGUGUAAGCAUGGUUACUAUGGAGACGCUGUGCACACCAAAGACUGUCGGGAGUGUGAUUGUGAUGUCAAUGGAGCCCGCUCCAGUGAGUGUGAUAUCACAACAGGCCAGUGUUUCUGUAGACAGAACGUGACAGGACGCACCUGUGACCGCUGCAAGUCAGGGUUCUAUGGGCUGCAGAGUGGCCACGGCUGUCUGCCGUGUGGCUGCAACCACUCAGGAUCGCUCUUUGAAUCAUGUGAUGAGGAGGGGCAGUGCCAGUGUGUAGAGGGCGUGACUGGAGACAAGUGUGACCGCUGCAGUCGGGGUUACUAUGGAUUCCAUGGCAAUGGCUGCAUAGCAUGCUCCUGUGAACACACUGGUGGGAACUGCAACCCUGACAAUGGAGAGUGCACCUGCCCUGCUCACACAGAAGGAGAGACAUGCAAUAGGUGUGAGACCAAUUACUGGGGCCAUAACCCCACCACAGGCUGUAAGCCUUGCAGCUGCAGUGCAGCAGGAAGCUCCACCCCUCAGUGUGACCAGGACAAUGGACAGUGUCUGUGCAAAGAGGGGUUCUUUGGUCAGUCAUGUGACCAGUGUGCACCUGGUUUCUUUGGCUACCCAGCAUGCUCAUGGUGUGGCUGUGACAUGGCAGGAACAGAGGAGAUGUUUUGCAACACGACCUUGGGAGUGUGUUCCUGCCAACACACUGGAAAUUGCGUGUGCAAGCCUGGUGUCUCAGGCCGACGUUGUGAAGAGUGUGUUUCUGGUUGGUUCAGUCUGUCAGCUGAAAAUCCAGAUGGCUGCUUGCAGUGUUUCUGCUCAGGACUAAGCCAAGACUGUGAGGAGCAAGGAGGACUAACCAGAGUACCAAUGUACCCGGCCAACUCUUCCACUCUCCCAUUCCUGUCAUUGGUCAGUCAGUCAGAUCUGCAGGGUGCUGUAUCUGGAGUUUACCGGCAGGGCAGCGAUAUGCUCCUUGACACCCGUCAGCUCAACACCAGUAGGCUGACAGGCCCACUCUAUUGGAGACUCCCCCCCCAGUUUGAAGGCAACCAGCUGCUGUCAUACGGUGGGCUACUAUCUUACGUUGUCACCUUUUACGCUGAGGAUGGCACAGGACUGUCUAACCAGGAGCCUCAGGUGCUAAUGAGGGGAGGGACUCUGAGGAAGCUUGCCAUAUACACUGAUAUGGUUGCCCCAAGCAAUGGUGUCAUGACUCAACAUGACAUAAAACUGACAGAGCACAAGUGGAAGUAUUUUAACUCUGUAUCACAGAAGGCAGUGAGUCAUGCUGACUUCAUGUCUAUCCUCAGUAAUAUCCAGUAUAUCAUCAUCAAGGCAUCUUACGGGACCAGACUACAGCAGAGCAGGAUCUCUAACAUUACCAUGGAGACAGCAGUGGAGGUGGAGGAUUCAGAGGUCAGAGGAGGAAUGGCCAGACUGAUCGAGUCGUGCAUCUGUCCACCUGGAUACACCGGGCUUUCAUGUCAGAAGUGUGCUGUAGGUUAUUUCCGUCAACCUCAGUCUGAGUUGUCAUCCCAGAGCCAGAAGUCGAUGUUUGUUCGUCCCUGUGUUCCAUGUCGCUGCAACAACCACAGCCAGAGCUGUGACGCUGAGACGGGAGCCUGCCAGGACUGUCGGCAUCACACCAGUGGACGGAGCUGUGAGAAAUGUGCCACAGGUUAUUAUGGAAAUGUCAAAGGCUCUAUCAGUGACUGCUCACUGUGUGCCUGCCCCCUGCGGAACAACAGCUUUAGUCCCACCUGCAUUUUGGAGGGAGCACCUGGUGAUUUCCGCUGCACUUCCUGUCAGACCGGCUACCAAGGGAGAUACUGUGAGAGGUGUUCUGUUGGUUACUAUGGAAACCCAUCAGUGCCAGGCGGUGUGUGUUCACAGUGCAACUGCAGUGCAUGGGGCUCCCUCCACUUGCAUUGUGACAUGCUGACUGGACAGUGUGAAUGUAAGCUUGGGGUCAAAGGUCAGUCAUGUGAUCAGUGUGAAGAAAGGAACGUUUUCCAGGAAGGCGAGUGCGUGUCAUGUAAUGACAAGUGUACCAGAGUCCUGCUGGAUGAGCUGGAUGAACUACACAACCGUUUCCUGUUGUUCAACCUGAGUGCCAUUGCCAUGUCAUCUUAUCGGCAGUUGUGGCUGCUUGAGAAUCAGACCCGAGACAUGCAGGUGGUGUUUUCACAGAACAACUCCAGUAUGAUGUUUGUGUCCAGAGUGGAAGAAGGCCUAAAUCAUUUGACCUCUGAGCUCAGCUCUCUGCUGCAGCAGGUCAAAAGUCUGUCUAGCGACGUCCAGGUAGUGGGUGUGUCCACCAACAACAGCUUUUCCCAGGGUGCACUACUGCUAGAGCGCAUCAGUACACUUCAAGACAACAUUUGGGUGCUUCAGAGGAAGGCAGCACUACUGAAUCAGACUGCAGAGGAAGUACUCAGCUCAGCCAAUCAGACACAUCUGCUGGAGGAAGUGGAGUCCAUAUUUGAGGCCAUCAAAGAUGUAAAUCUAACAGCUGCAGAGGCUGCAGCCAAUCAGGAGCUCAGCCUUUCAGAGUCUCUCCUCCAAUUGCUGCAGAUGGACUUCCUGUCUAGCAGGGUGGCCAUUGAUGACAAGCUCUGCCCAAUCUCCAAUUUACUCACUAUUGACAUUAAAACACUGCAACAUGCAAACACGACGCUGAAUGAUGCAGUACAGCAUAACACAGAAACAAACAUGCUGCUGGACACUGCACACACACUGCUGCAGCAAUAUCAGUCUGUUCACCAGAACCUAAGUGCACUGUGUCUGUCUUUGGACAUACUGAUGGAGGACAGGCAGCUGCUGCUCCAAGAUGCUGUCAGUCUGACAGAGGAGUUAACAAACAGCACCACACAGGUUGACGUGUUGGCUGCUCAACUGGAUCAGUGGCGCCCCCUUCUGAGAAAACAGGUGAAUGGUUUGGUUAUUGGGCUGAAGAAGAUCGAUGCUCUCGAGAAUGUUUACCGUGCAGAGAACCAUGCCCAGCUGCUGCAGAGCGAUGCCCUCUCCAUGCACAGUUCUCUGUCAUCAGCGUGUAACAUGUCUCAGAAUGUCAGUCAGCUGGCUCAGUUUGACAGUGACAUCACAGAAAGAGUUGACUCUGCCCAGCAGAUGGCUUCAGUGGCCCUAGCCUCAGCCUCCCUGGCUCUAAACACGACCAUCCAAUCAGAGCAGCCACUGUCAGAAGAAGGCAGGGUGAAACUGAAAGUUUCCUCUGAUGCUUUGAAAGGAAGCCAGAGAAUUAGCAAAGCAGCUGAAGACUUGCAGCUGAAUAUUUCCAUGGUAACUAGCAGACUGCGACUGGUCAAAUAUGGUGUCCGUAACUCUAGCCUCCUUCUCCGUCAGCCAAUCAAAGAGCUACAGGGCCUUUCUAAUGGUUCGUCUGUGCUGUUGCAGUUGACUCAGAUUCAGGUUGCAACAGCAAACUCCAGGUUGCAGGAGGCGCUACAGCAGCUGCAGAGACUGAGAGUGCAGCUGCAGGAUUCUUCUUCUUUGGUGGAAAGCACCAACAAUACAAUGAGGGAGACCAGCCAGCUGGUGACUCUUACACACUCUGCAGCCAAUGAGGCGCAGCAUAAGAUGGAGGAGAUGGAGCAUCGUACGCAGCAUCUGAUGGACAGAAUAAAGCCCCUGAGAAUGCUGGGAGAAACGCUGAACAGAAACCUGUCUGACAUCAGAGAGCUGAUCUAUCAGGCUCGCAGACAGGCAGCAUCGAUUAAGGUGGCGCUGCAGGCGGACAGAGACUGUGUUCAUUCCUACAGACCGCAGAUUCAGUCCAGUAACUUCAACACUCUGAAUCUGAUUGUGAAGACGACAAGUCCAAAUAACCUGCUCUUUUACCUGGGCAGCAACACCACGAUGGACUUCCUGGCUGUCGAGAUGAAUAACGGACACGUUUCCCUGCUGUGGGAUGUGGGCUCAGGCAGCACUCGGCUUGGCUUUCCUGGACUGUCUAUCACCAACAACAGAUGGACCAAGAUCAAUGCUACACGAUUUGGAGCACAUGUUGCGCUGUCAGUCCAUCAGCUGGAUUCUGAUUCAGCUCCAUUGCCAGUGGUAACAGCAACAUCACUAGGAACCGUCCAGGUUUUAGACAUCGACAGCAACACCUUUAUUCACAUUGGAGGGCUGGGAGCUCAUACACAGAGGCCCGCAGCACUGCGAUCUUCCACCUUCCAGGGCUGUUUGGGUGAAGUUUCGCUUAACGAGCAGAACAUUGGACUCUGGAACUACGACAUGAGGGAGGGAGAAUGUGGUGGCUGCUUCAGCAGUCCCCAAGUGGAGGAAACGUCCUUCCACUUUGAUGGAUCUGGCUAUUCAGUGGUGCAGAAGUCUCUGCGGGCUACUUCCACCUUCAUCGUGUUGCAGUUUAAAACUCUGUCUCCAGUCGGACUGUUGCUGUACCUGGCCUCCAACAACACUAGAGACUUCCUGUCCAUGGAGUUGGUGGAGGGGCGUGUUCGUCUGACCUUUGACCUUGGCUCAGGUGCUCUUAUCCUGGCCUCCAACAGGAAGUACAACACUGGAGUGUGGUACAAAAUCACACUGCAGAGGAACAAACGCAAAGGUUACUUGUCCAUUAUGGCAGCUGACCAGUCAUCAGAGAAGGAAGUGCUGGAAGCGGACUCUCCUGGAAAGGCCUCUGACCUGAACCGCUCUGACUUUGACCCCAUCUACAUUGGUGGACUUCCUGCUUCCAGACCAACCAGGCGACAAGUAGCAUCCCGGUCUUAUGUGGGCUGUAUAAAGAAUGUGGAGAUUGCUCGAUCCAACUUUGACCUGCUAAGAGAUGCACAUGGAGUCAGGAAAGGCUGCGUACUUAAGGCGGUGAGAAGCGUGUCUGUGUUGGCCGGAGGCUACGUUCAGAUCAAUCCAACAUCAUUUGGUCAAGAGGCAGAGUUGCUCUUCUCCUUCUCCUCCAGCAACCAAUCAGGGCUCCUGCUGGCUGCUUUCAGUAAUGACCACUCAUACAGACAGCACUUCCUGUCUGUUCACCUAGACUCAGGAGCACUGGAGGUGGAGCUUGGUGAGGUGGGUGGAGCCACUCGUAGGGUAACCUUGAUGAAAUCUGAUGGAGGAUCUUUCAGUGACAGAAUGAAACAUUCUGUGAUCAUUACCAUCAACAGGAAAUCUCUGUCAAUGCAGGUUGAUGAGGAACACGCGAAGCUUGUCUCUCUGUUGCCGGGUGUAUUUUCUCGUCUUUCUCCAGCCUCCUUAUUUAUUGGUGGGCUGCCUUCAGGCAAGGAGGCCCAUCUACCAGUCAGAUUGCAGGAUUUAUCUAGGAUGUUCAUAGGCUGCAUCCAACACCUGGUGGUUGCCAGAGCGCUCGUUGACCUUUCAGGAGCUGUGAAGUAUGAGAGGGCGGCGUUUGACAGAUGUGUGUUGGAAGAGCAGGCUGGGGAGGUGGUGGUUCCUGAUGACCAGGAUGUAUAUCCAACUCCAGACCCCACUCAUUUACCUCUACCUCAGUCCACAUACUUGAGUGCCCGGCCACCUGAAGGUCUAACGUGUGCAUCAAAUGCAGAGCCAACCUUUGUGCCGUCAGCAGUUCAGUUUGGAUUGUCCAAACACAGUCACAUGACCUUCAUCAUCAACCCUAGCACAGUCCGAAAGAGUGUGUCGAUGAGGUUGUUAUUCCGAAGCUGGGCCCUGGACGGCUUGAUCCUCCUCCUGUCUGACUCCAAGCAGAUGGACUUUGUUGUCCUCAGACUAAAGGAGGGGAGGUUGAUGAUGUCGGCUGACCUGGGGAAAGGCCCUGCUUCUAUCACCUCAUCGGUCGCUGUUAACAAUGGAGAGUGGCACACUGUGAUUGCGGAGGUGGGCCAGCGGUUGAUGUCAGUCUCUGUCAACAGUUUGAAACCUGACUCCAUCUCAGUCAAAGGAAAUCAGCUGGAUGUGGACAAUAAAGUUUUCCUUGGAGGAACACCUCGCACUGUAACCAGCAGAAGGAUCAGAGAUAGCAGCAGUUUUCCAGGUUGUGUUCGGGCGGUCAGUUUGAAUGGUGUCGUGUUGGAUCUGUCUAAGCCAGCUUCACAGCAUGAUGUCACCUCCUGUUUCAGCAGGGACCAGACAGGAAGUUACUUUAAUGGAAGUGGAUAUGCUGAACUGAUGCAUGACGGGUAUAAGGUUGGCUCGGACAUGACAGUGUCUCUGGAGUUUCAAUCAAGCCAAUCAGAAGGAGUGUUUCUAGGAAUCAGCAGUGUGAAAGUUGAUGCUAUUGGACUGGAGAUGAUCGACGGACAGGUUGUUUUCAAUGUGAAUAAUGGGGCAGGUCGAGUGUCAGUGCGCUCGGUUGGCCAGAUGCUCUGCGAUGGACAGUGGCACCGCCUGCUAGCCCGAAAGACCAAACACACCCUCAGCUUAACUAUAGACGAGCGAACUUUCACCACCUCAAACCCCUACCCACAAUCCACCUCUGCUGAAACUAACAACCCUGUCUUCCUAGGAGGAUAUCCAGUGGGUGUCAAACAGAACUGCCUGUCGACCAGCUCCAGCUUCAGAGGUUGUCUGAGGAACUUGCAGCUUUUUAAGUCUCACCUGACCAAGGCUCUUGAUCUGAGUUCUGCUCACUUCUUGUUGGGAGUAACCCCUAACUCAUGCCCUGUUUCCUAGCAAUGCCCAGCAAACAUGCUGAGAUGUUUUAUGAAGCAUAAGUUGCAAUAUCAUUAAUGAUUGGUUGUGUAGUGUAAAUCCCUCUGUUAGAGCAGCUGAUUAUUCCUGUCAGAUUUGAUUUUCUGUAUUCUUAACUUGAAUAAUUAAAGAUCAUCUUAACAUGAAUGUAUUCAGACUUUUUUCCGAACAGAGUAACUUCAGAUUGUCUGUAAACAUGAAUAGUUGUUCUUUUGACAACA